CAAGAUGGCGGAACCGGUCACUUCAUAGGCCUACUCAAAUCCCUCUGUCUCACUCGUUCCUUGCGUUUUCGGACUGCCAUGUGCACAGCCACCGUUUACGUUUUAUAAAUUUUCUCUUUCUUUUUUGGAUUUUGACAACCGCAGCCCUCUUCAAGUAAACUAAUCAACCAUGGCCGAUGACGAUUGGGGAAUCGAUGAAUCCACCACUGUAACCUACACUACCCCUGCUGCUGCUCCCCCAGCAGCUGAGCUGCCAGAAAUCAAGUUGUUCGGCAGGUGGAGCUGCGAUGAUGUAGAAGUGAACGAUAUGUCUCUGCAGGAUUACAUCGCUGUCAAAGAAAAGAAUGCAAAGUAUUUACCUCACUCUGCCGGACGGUUUGCAGCAAAGAGAUUCCGCAAAGCUCAGUGUCCUAUUGUUGAGCGACUGACGAAUUCUCUGAUGAUGCACGGUCGCAACAACGGUAAAAAGUUACUGGCUGUUCGAAUUGUGAAACACGCUUUUGAAAUCAUUCACCUCCUGACUGGAGAGAACCCUCUUCAAAUCCUUGUACUCGCUAUCAUCAACUCAGGACCCCGUGAGGACUCAACCCGUAUCGGUCGUGCUGGUACUGUCCGAAGACAGGCUGUGGAUGUGUCACCUCUGAGGAGAGUCAAUCAAGCUAUCUGGUUGCUGUGCACAGGAGCUCGUGAAGCAGCCUUCAGAAAUAUCAAGACAAUUGCUGAGUGUUUAGCUGAUGAAUUAAUCAACGCUGCUAAGGGUUCAUCAAACUCUUACGCCAUCAAGAAGAAGGACGAGUUAGAACGUGUCGCCAAAUCCAACCGAUAGAAUAAGACUUUGUUAAUUUUUAUACAAUUAAAAAAAAAUUCAAAAUACAGCUUUGCUUAUUUUGACCAAAA